GGUGGCUCCUGAAAACAUACAUCUAAGAUGUCAAAGGCACAUUUAUGCACUUUUCCCUCUAAUAUAUGAAGUUUUGUAAACUGGUUGGAGAACAACACAAAAUUCAGAGAAGUGCAAAUUUCAAAGGAAGGCUGUGUUUUCACAAGUGGGAGUUAAGUAGUUUCACCUUUAAAUGCAAACUGAAUCAAAUUUCUCCCCCCCCAUUCCUAGCCACAGGUGUUGUUGUUGGACUUGAAUUACCCCCAGAAAGGGUAAAUCAGGAUUAAAUGGAGGGAAAUAUAGGCUGGCAUUUUGAUGCCAAUAACGAUGUGUGGAUGCUGGGGGGGAAAGCAUGUGUGGGGAGCACAUAUGCUGCUAUAAAUGUUCAUCUGGAAGCACCCUUUGUAUCCUGCAAUGCAGUGCAAACCCUUCCCCUGAAGAGUUUAAUUUUUAAAACAUUUUUUUAAAAAAACAUACCAUUUGCUUCCUUUAAUUCUCGCAAUUCCAUUGCUUUUUUUUAAAUCCAUGUGUUAGGACAGUAACAGCCCCUUCAUUCAUUGUUUCUUUAAUUUGCUCCCUCCUGGAGCAGGCUGACCUGGGGCUGCUUAAUGUGCUUGGAGGAGGUGGCACCGCAACCUUUGUGUUAUUUAGAACAGGAAAUGUCUGGUCAGGAAAAAAGGGUCAGUGCAAAUGAGCAAAAAUCCCUCUCUGUGGAGAAAUGCUGUAUAUAGAUCUUUCUAUGUUUUGCGCUUUGGAAAACAUUUCUGUGAUCUCUGCUGAGUGUGUGUAACUGUCAAAAGUUUGAGGCCUUGUGCUAUUAUGGGCCUGUUUAGCACCGUCUAUUUCGUGACAGAUUCUGCAAGUGGAAAGAGACAUGCUCACUUUUAGUAGUUAUAGAUGGUGCCUUGAUCAAGUGCAUUCAUUUUGAUCCGUUUGGGAAACAACAGACUCUGAUUGGGUGAAGGUUCUGUGAAGAAUAGGCAAUUGACUGUCAGGAAAAAUAACUGUCAGCUGGGAGGAAAAACAUUCUGUUAGGAAACUCCAUUGAUGUGAAGCAAGAACUAAAGAAUGCAGAGGGAGAAAUGGAUAGCUGAGGCCUGAAUAUUAGGCUAUUUCCCUCCUGUGUUAAAACUGCUGGUGAAUAUCAAGAAGGGAGCUGCUGGCUUCGUUACUCUUAAGAGGCUGCACUGUGUAAAUGUCUUCCCAGAAGAAGGUGACACAAUGAAGCGGCUCGUUCCGCUGGUUCAUUUCGCCAACCUCUGUCCUCGUCACCUCGAUUCCAGUUCAACGAGAACCCUCCCCUUUCUCAGGGCAGUUCCCGGAAAAAAAAAACACAGCUCAAGUGUUGGAAAAAAAUUAAUAAGAAGGAAGGAAGCGCUGCCGGGAUAGGCUUCAGGCAGAAAGGGCCAUGGCAACCGGGAAUCCCGUUAAGGAGCUCUGCGAUGAAACGACUUGCCCCCUCUGCCGGGAGUUUUUCAAAGACCCCGCGAUCCUCGACUGCGGGCACAAUUUCUGCCGAGCCUGCCUCGACCGGCGCUGGGGGGAGGCAGAACCAGAGGCUGCCUCCUGCCCUCAAUGCCGAGCUGCGGUCCCGGAAAGGAGCUCCAGGCCCAACUGGCAACUGGCCAACGUUGCCGAGAUCGCCAAGAAACUCCAGGAGGGAAAAGGAGGGAAAAGAAAGAGGGGCGUGUGCGAGAGGCACCAGGAGCCCGAGACCCUCUUCUGCAAGGAGGAUGAAGCCCCCAUCUGCCCGGCGUGUAAAAAACUCAAGCAGCACCGCGAUCACCACGUCGUUCCCGUGGAGGAGGCUGCCCAAGGGUAUAAGGAAAAAGUCCAGGCCCAGCUGAAGUCACUGGAGAAAGAGAGAGAAAAUGUUGUGGAUCAGAAACUGAUAGAAGAGCUGAGAAGCCAGGCAUGUCUGACCCAGUUAGAAGUAGCUGGGCAGAAGAUCAGGUCGUCUUUUGAGCAAAUGCAGAACUUGCUUGAAGAAAAAAAGUGUUUUUGCCUGGCCCAGCUGGGAGUUCUAAAAAAAGAGUUAGAGAGGAGACAGGAAGAAAACAUCACUAGACUCUCGGAGACAGUUUCCCAUCUCAGUAACAUGAUCACAGCGAUGGAUGAGAAGCACAAGCAGCCAGCAACUGAAUUCCUGCAGGACAUUGAAAGCACCUUAAGCAAGUAUGAGGCAGCAGAAGGGAAGCAGCAGCUGGAGCUUUCUGCAGAGCUGGAAGAGAGACUCAGAAGUUGGUCUCAGAAAAGUUUAGUCCUGAAGCAGGCCAUGGAAAAGCUUGAAGAGUCUCUGGAGGAAGCACUGAAUGAAGGGUCAAUGAAGAAAGCAUGGAACAAAGUGAAUGUGACCCUGGAUCCAGACACGGCCCAUCCCCGCCUCACGCUCUCUGAGGAUCUGAGGACUGUGAGGCCAGGCAGCGGAAUGCGGGACUUGCCUGACAGCCCCGAGAGAUUUGACAGGAUGCUCUGUGUGUUGGGCUGUGAGAAGUUCGCCUCUGGGCGACAUUUGUGGGAAGUGGAGGUGGAGCAGGAAGAAGGGGCAAUGUGGGCCAUGGGGGUCGCCACCGAGUCUGUCAAGAGGAAAGGACCCUUUAGGCCUGAUCCUAGUGAGGGCAUCUGGGCGCUGGGGAGGCCAUUCAGUGACUCAUCCCCACUGGGCCAUCUCGUUGCUUUGACGUCCCCUAAGCCAACCUUUUUAAGCUUGGGGACGGAGCCCAAGAAGAUCCGGGUGGCUUUAGAUUAUGAAGCGGGUUGUGUGGAAUUUUUUGAUGCUGACACGGAUAUCUUGAUCUUCACUUUCCAUUUGGCCUCCUUCUCCGGGGAGAAGGUCCAGCCCUACUUCCAGGUGUGGAGGGGAGUCACGCUGAACUGCUGACCUUCAGUAUUUUGUAUUCAAAGGAAGAGGCAGAGCAUCACUGUGGAUUCUCAUCUUUCUAGUAUAUACUGUAAGCACGCAAGUUGUAAGCACUGAUUUAUAGCUCCUCCAGACUUUUUUAUUGAGCAUUCGUCCUGAUUCGCUUGCACAAAACUGACGGGAAGGUUAGAUUGUUUCUGAUCUUUACUGAGCAUUUUAUCCGAUUUGGUUGAGCGGAAGUUAUACAACAAUGAGAAUACAUCUGGAUUUGCAUGCAGGGUGUUUACGCAACUUUCCGUUAAUCAUUCAUUUAUUCCACACUUUUCAGUGUAUUUCCCCGUUGCUUUCCUAACUGCAAAAAGUCAAUUUAACAUGGAUUUGUUGCACUCAGGCAACAGAGCACUUUAAUCCACUUUAAUUGUGCAAACCUACAUUUCCCAGUAGGUGCUUCAGUCCCUCCAAGAAAAUACCAACAGUCUGGAGGUUGCUUAGGCUGCAAUCCUAUGCACAUUUUUCUGGGAAUGAUCCUCAUUGUACACAGUGGGACUCACCUCUGAGUCAACAUGCAGAGGAUUGCACCAUCAGUGAAAUAGCUUUGGGGACAUUUGCGGGACAAAGGCAUUCAUCUGACCACUGGAACAUUAAAGAUGCAAAUCUUAGAGGAGCAUUUUUGGUUGUUUUUCUACAUGCAUCUUCCAAACAUGGCUGGGAGAAACAAUGUGGGAAAUAGCUGUUUUGUGCUUUUUUAGAAUCCAGGCAGCACAGAUUGGAUAUGAUGAGGAAUGAAACAUAUUUUAAAACCACUUAUAUGCAUUUCAGAAUCCUGUUUUAUAACAAAAUAUUAACCGUUGAAUCUAUGAGUGUCUCCAAACAGGUAUUUGUUGCAGGAUCAGUACUCCUCAUGCAUGCAUAGGAACCUGCCUUAUACCAAGUGAGACCAUUGGUCCAUCUAGCUCAGUACUGUCCACACUGACUGGCAGCAGGUCUCCAGGGUCUCUCCCAGCCUUACCUGGAGAUGCUGGGAAUUAAACCUGGAACCAUCUGCAUGUCAAGCAGAUGCUCUACCACUAAACUACGACUACUUUUUUUUUUGAGCAAUAGAAAAACAUCUGCUCUGCCUCAGUGCUACCAAUUGUUGCUGAUCCCUGACAGGAUCUUCUCAGUGGUGGUUCCCCAUUUGUAGAUUGCCCUUCCUGGCAGGGUACGUGUCCCUCAUUAUUAGCAUUUAGGAGGAUGUUGAAAACAUUUCUGUUUACCCAGGCAUUUGAUGGCUGAACGAUACUGUUCCUGACGAACUUGAAAUUCAUAGCUGUAAGGGUGUGUGACUGUUUUAAAAAUGUUUGAAAUAUUUUGUUUUCAUUUUUAAUUGUGUUGUUUUGCUACGUGGUUGUUUUGCCACCUUGGACUCCUUUGGAAGAAAGAGCG